GAAUCUUAUCUCUCAACAGCAGGGGGGUUGCUGUGUACUGUCUGCUGCAGCUCAGGCUGCACUCUCGAUGUUGCAGUGCAGUGACAGGGCCUGACCCAAGCACUGAGCUUUGCUGAAGGAGCUCCAUACGGAAGCCAGCUCUGUGACGAAGUGCCCAGCAGAAAUGGAUCCGAAAGUCUGGACAACCCUGAGCCCCGAUGAGUUUGUUCAACUUCACAAGUACAUCGAGUAUUCGACAAAGAAGGUGAAGGAUGUCCUGAUCGAGUUUGAAGGGAAUGGCCAACUAUCCAAGUACAGCACAGAACAGCAUAUUGAUUUCGAAGGGUUCAGAACACUGAUGACGAUCUACCUGGACGUGGAAGACAUUCCGAACCAAUUUUGUCAGCACCUCUUUCGAUCCUUUCAAACAAAGCCAAGUGAGAAAGACUCUCCAAUCUCCAAUACAAUUGAUCCAACUGUGCCAGAUGUAGUCUUUGUGAAGGAUGUUGUCUGUUAUUUAUCCUUCCUGGAAGGAGGCCAGCCUGAAGAUAAACUCAAAUUUACCUUUAAGUUAUAUGACACCGAUGCAAAUGGACUCCUGGAUAACUCGGAAGUCGAUCGGAUCAUUGCCCAAAUGAUGCACGUGGCAAAGUACUUGGACUGGGAUGUGACAGAACUCAAACCGAUAUUAAAAGAGAUGAUGAAUGAGAUUGAUUAUGAUGGGAAUGGCACUGUCUCAUUGGACGAAUGGAUCAAAGGAGGGAUGACAACGGCUCCGUUAUUGGUCCUCCUUGGGCUGGAAGCUAGUUUGAAGGAUGAUGGGCAACAUAUUUGGCGACUGAAGCAUUUUAAUCGUCCCGUGUAUUGUAACAUGUGCCAAAACAUGCUGCUCGGGAUCAGAAAACAAGGAUUGUGUUGUACUUUUUGUAAAUACACAGUCCAUGAGCGCUGUGCCUCGAAAGCACCUUCAUCAUGCAUCAGAACCUAUGCAAAAUCCAUCAAGGACACAAAUGUCAUGAAACAUGUGUGGGUUGAAGGAAACUGUAACAUUACCUGCGGUAGUUGCCAAAAAACCAUUAAGAGUUUUCAGCGGUUGACCGGUCUUCAUUGUGUCUGGUGCCACAACACCCUCCACAAUGAAUGUGUAUCUAAGGACAAAGAUGAAUGUGAUUGUGGACUAUUAAAGGAUCAUGUGCUCCCUCCUUCUGCCAUAUAUCCUGUUGUUCUGGACAGGCAGAACAGCUUGAAAAAGAAAGAGGAGGAGGGCUCACCAUUGGACACAGAGCAGCCUAUCACCACAGUGGAUGGCAAAGUCCUCCAGAUUAUUCCAGUGCCCCAAACUCACCCACUGCUGGUGUUUGUCAACCCAAAGAGUGGAGGGAAACAGGGUGAGAGGGUCUUAAGAAAGUUCCAGUACCUUCUGAACCCAAGACAGGUGUUCAACCUGGCCAAAGAUGGUCCAAAACCAGGACUGAAAUUCUUUCACGACGUGCCGAAUAUCCGUGUCUUGGUGUGUGGAGGCGAUGGCACUGUGGGAUGGAUACUUGACUCCAUUGAUAAAAUGAACUUCCUCAUAAAGCCGCCUGUUGCUAUUCUGCCUUUGGGGACUGGGAAUGACUUGGCACGGUGCCUACGAUGGGGAGGAGGCUAUGAAGGUGAGAAACUAACCAAAGUCCUGAAAGAUAUUGAGGUGAGUUCUUCAACGCUGCUGGAUCGCUGGAGCUUUGAGGUGAUUGAAUCUGCUCCUGAGAAAGGUGACCCUGUUCCUUACAGCAUCAUCAAUAACUACUUCUCCAUUGGAGUGGACGCAUCGAUUGCUCAUCGUUUUCAUGUAAUGAGGGAGAAGUAUCCGGAAAAAUUCAACAGCAGGAUGAAGAAUAAGCUGUGGUAUUUUGAGUUUGCUACCUCAGAAACCGUCUCUGCCACAUGCAAGAACCUGCAGGAUGUUUUGGAAAUCGAAUGCUGUGGGACCCUCUUAGACUUGAGCAAUUUAUCCCUGGAGGGAAUCGCCAUCCUCAACAUUCCCAGCAUGCACGGGGGCUCAAACCUAUGGGGCGAAAACAGAAAAGGAGAGUACAAGGCCCUGCCAAACAAAACCUACGCAGCAAUAACGGACUCCGAGGCCCUCAAGUCGUGCACACAAGAGUUGAGUGAUCAGCUGUUGGAAGUGGUGGGACUGGAAGGAGUGAUUGAAAUGGGACAGAUUUAUGCAGGACUGAAGAAUGCAGGGAAACGAUUGGCUCAAUGCUCUGACAUCACCAUCAGGACAAAAAGAUUGCUGCCAAUGCAGAUUGAUGGGGAGCCAUGGCUGCAGCCUCCAUGUAUGAUCAAGAUAACCCACAAAAACCAAUCGCCAAUGUUGAUGGGUCCGUGCACAAAAUCAACUGGAUCCAAAAAAUGAGCUUGCCAAGGCAGGCCCUUCAGUCACAUUCUUUAAACUAUCAACCUCCUCAUUGGAUUGGACUCUUCAGUUUAUGGGAUUCUUCAGUCCAUUCAAUUCGAAGAUACCAGAUUCUUCAGUUCGACAAAACACUUUCAUCUAUUAGACUCUUUACUUUGUCAGAUCCUUUAGUGUGCAGAUUCUUCAGUUCAGUGCUCUUCAACAUGUGACCCCUUUAAUCUUCCAGAUUCUUCAACCUUUCACUCCCUUUCCUGAUUGCACACUUCAGUUCACCAGACACUUUAGCAUGUAAGUGUAGCUCCUCCAAUCUCUCAAACUCAAGAAUCUGUUGGAAUCACAAAGUAAAAUAUUACAAUAUGCUUAUUGCUCUAACACUACCAUGUGAUACUUGGACUGACAUUGAAAAAUACCUGGGAUAUAUUUGAGGAAUGAACUUGCAUGUUUUGGGGUCAAUUAACUAAUUGCAUGUUCAUUGAACGUUUGCAUUUAACUGAGAGGCAGUGAUGUUUUACAAGCACCUCUUCCUAGAUGUGAGGAGAAUUCACUUAAAUGUUUCUUCAAAGGAAGAUAACUAAAACACUGACCAGGCAAGUGACAGUAAUGGUAUUUAAUAUUAAUUUUUGUGACAGGUCUAACACCUGUCUGUGUCUCCCUAUAAACACAUACUACCUUAAAGAAAUAGAAUGCCACAUUAGAAUUUCUCAAGACAGUUUAUUAAACAUGGAUCACUUGUAAUAUUUGUGCCUCAGCCCACUGAAUAACUCCAACUUCUAGAACCAGAUAUAGUAUUUCAUAAUGUGACAUUGGUAAGAAGAUCACAUGUAAGUAUGGCAAACUUGCUUGAUGGGUGCUGGACAGAUAGUAUCAAAUAUAAACCAUGGAAAAUCAAGUAAUUGGGAACAUUUAAUGCUUUAGGUCAAAUCCUGUAUUCACUGCAUGCAAACUGUAUGAAUCAGUAACUCUGUAUGAGAGUGAACAUGAUGAGACUAGGCUAAAUGACAUGGUUCACAGAGGGAGUGGUUUUCUUCAUCAGAAUUAAUUGUACAUAGUCAUUUAGCAGUGAAGGUUGAAAUGAUAAAUCACCAGAGAAAACUAGUAAUGAUCUUGUUCAUUGGGGUGUAUAUAGAAUACAAUAAUGGGAGUGAUGAGGAAAGAGUUUGGCUCACUGGUAGUCUAUAUACAGGAAUAAAAUGGAAUUGGUGACUUGUUUGGAUUUGGUAAUUGGAUUACAGCUUUGCUUCAUCAUAGGGUUAAUAAUAAUAAACCACAUCUAAAAUAGACAGAUAGGCCUCUUAAGGACCAAAGGUAAAGUAACAUUUAGACUCUCCUGAUUCCAACAUGGCAUCUAAUACAGUUCAGGACUCCUUAACAUUCCUUUCUGUCUGACUUGCUUUAUUAGUAGGGCACAUAAAAUCAAGUUGUGCAGGUUUUAGAUACUGGACAUUAUCAACAAGAGGGAAGGGUAACUAUAGAGACAGGGACACAAUGAGAAGUGGGGAGGGAGAAGAGGUUAUUCUGGUUGUCCCAUUCUUCCAGAUGGUUAGGUCCAGAUACAGGACCCAUUCAAACUCCUGCCCACCUUGGCCAGAAUCAGCCAGAAUCCCUCCACACCCUGUUGAGUUGUGGGGGAUUGGGGGGGAAGGUGGUCGAGAUGCAGGUAAGAAGCUCAUUGUAUUUUCUAUCUGUAUAUUGAGGUAUGUGGAUGCCGGAGUUGUAUACAUACACAUAAUCUCCUCUCCCAUUGUUACAUUUUGUAUUUAAUAAGAGAAAUAAAAGCUUCAGAUUUAGCAAUU